AUGCCAAUGGAGAAAGGUCCUCCUCCAAUUAACAGGUUAAAUGAAACUCCGAUGUUUAUAAGAUCUAUGUUGAAGGCAUCCACAAAAAGACAGCAGAGGACGAUAUUGGAAUUAGAGGUUGGGGGGAGUACAGAGGCACGUUUGCAAAGGGGAGAAAUCGUGCGACUGGAGACUCCGGUUUCUGAAGAAUCAACCAUUAAUUCCAAAACUCUACUACAAUAUGAUGAAAUUGGUAUAGGUGCAGAUAAUUGGAACCGCAGAGAAGAACUGGGAAGGACAGAGACACACGAUCGUGGGCUCGAAAUGCCGAUUUCUGAGGUACUGGCAGCUCUAUUGCCUGAUAAAGAACAGUCGGUACGGAAUGGGCUGUCUGUUACUUUGCCUGAAACCGCCCAUGCAUUUGAAUUACCACCUCAGUCGAAUGAAAUCUGGGUAAAUAGAGUCAGCCGAAAUCGAACUGAGCACAUAGUCGGCAACUUCCAAUGCAAUAUCUGUCCUUGCCUAAUUGCCAUACCAACGUCAGCGGCAGCCAGUGUAGGAGAAUCAUUGAUGCCAUCACCCACCGUUGCGGCUACAUUUCUGCCUUCUUGGAAUGAAUGA